AUGGUGACUCCUGAUAGAAAUCAGAGUUCUCUAGUCAUAUUUGUUCUUUGGGGAUUUUCUGACUACCCAGAAUUUAAGAUCUUUUUCUUUCUGGUUUUCCUGGCCAUCUAUGUGAUCACUGUUAUGGGUAAUCUUGGAAUGCUUAUAAUCAUUAUUAUGAACCCCAAAUUACAUACACCGAUGUAUUUUUUCCUUAAACACUUGUCCUUUGUGGAUUUCUGCUACUCCACUUCAGUUACACCAAAGCUGUUAGAAAACUUAUUUGCUGAAGAUAGGACAAUAUCUAUCACUGCUUGCAUGACACAAUUUUUCUUUACUGCUAACUGUGCAUUGACUGACACAUUUAUUUUGGCAGUAAUGGCAUAUGACCGCUUCGUAGCCAUUUGUAAUCCUCUUUUAUAUAUGACGAUCAUGUCACAGAAACGUGGUUCCUUGCUGAUGGCUGCAGCAUACUCCUGGGGCAUAUUUUUCUCUUUACUCUUCACCUACUCUCUUCUUGUUUUAUCUUUUUGUGGGACUAACAUCAUCAAUAAUUUUCUGUGUGAAUAUUCUGUCAUAAUCUCUGUGUCAUGUUCUGAUAGGCACUUUAGUGAGGUGAUGCUUUUUAUAGUUAGUAAUGUUAGUAUGUUGAGCACUCUAAUAAUCAUAUUCACUUCUUAUAUUUUUAUUUUUGUAACUGUUAUGAAGAUGAAGUCAGCCAGGGGGAGGCAGAAGGCUUUUUCCACUUGUGCCUCUCACCUGACAGCUGUUGGCAUCUUUUAUGGAGCUGUCCUUUUCCUCUACUGUAUACCCAAUAAUAAAAAAUCAUCGGUUACAGUCAAAUUAGGUUCUGUAUUCUAUACAGUAAUCAUUCCCAUGCUGAACCCCCUAAUAUAUAGUGCAAGGAACAGUGAUGUUAAGGAAAAAAUUAAGAAGUUAAUGAACUUAAAAUGA